AUGAAUGGAAAUAUUCCAUUUUCACAGUCACCGGAAGCAUAUGAUGAGCCACACACCUCAAGCACGCAGCUAGCCACAAUCCUCUCAAAUGAGAGCAAGUGGCCAACAGAGCCAGCAGAAACCCCUGGCACCGCACCCAGCAUCCGCAACAAUGCUGACGAGCCACCCGGAUCAAUGUACAAAGGCACGGAUCAGGGUUCCUGUGUGGAGGAUGCAAUCCAACCUCAGGGAGCAGCAGCAGACACAAGGAGGGAGAAGUCUCUUCAGCAGGAACAGUCAGGAAGUGCCAGGGACAGUAUCAGCAGCCUGGUGCUGACAAAUGGGUUACACACAGAGUCUGGAGAACAGAGAGAUUUUGACAGCAAGGGGGAAGCUCUGACACAGACUCAAACCACUCCGAGGACUGGGGCUGCUGCUUUGGAAAAGAACAGCGAGACAUUCAGCAAUGCAGGGUUGCAUCUACGGCAGGAUGUUGCAGAGCUGUUUGAUCCCGAGGAUGGAGAAGAGCAGAUAAGCUUCACUGGCGCAGAAUGCAAGCUAAGUUGCAGUGACGAUGACAGGGAAGAUUUUGCAUUCAAAGACAUCAGGGACGGAUUCAGUUCUACCUUUGAGAAAAUUGUUGAAUCUGACCUCAUGAAGGGUACAUACUAUAGCAGUCUGGAUUCCUUGGACGUGCUCUCGCUGACAGACGAGACAGACAGCUGUGUUAGCUUUGAAGCUCCACUCACACCUCUUAUUCAGCAAAGAACUAAGGAAAGCUCUGAACUUUUAGAACAGAAACUCCUUGCUCACGGGAAGGAAGUCCUGGAGCCCACAAGAACAAAUAAGCAGGAAGGCGCAAUGGCCGGGGCAAUGGAUGGUGACUCUGGGAGCCCCCUGAAGCAUUCCAUCACCAGCAGCCGGUCCGAAAAUGUGCUGAGCAGGGUAUCUCUGAAAAACAUCCCCAAUGGGUACCACAUGGAGAGACCAGAAGAAGAUGCCACAAGGCUUAUUAAUUCAAUCAGUGAUGCCAGCAUAAAAGAUGCCCUUUCUGACUCAGACUCUGAUAUGGGUAGCACAGAACAACUUGACCAGGGAAGCACAGACACCCUUGUCAAUGGCUGCAAGGCAGACAACGCGGCUGCCAAGAGAUUGGCCAAACGCCUGUAUCACCUCGAAGGUUUCAAGCACUGUGAUGUAGCCCGCCAGCUUGGAAAAAAUAAUGAAUUUAGCAAACUGGUAGCAGAAGAAUAUCUCCGUUUCUUUGACUUCACUGGACUGACCUUGGAUAAAGCACUCAGAACAUUCCUAAAAGCCUUCCCCUUGAUGGGAGAGACACAGGAACGGGAACGUGUCCUCAUCCAUUUCUCACACCGAUAUUGCCAAUGCAAUCCAGAAGAGAGCACAUCAGAAGAUGGAAUCCACACGCUCACUUGUGCCCUGAUGCUGCUCAACACAGAUCUGCAUGGCCAUAAUAUUGGGAAAAAGAUGUCCUGCCAACAGUUCACAGCAAAUCUGGACAGACUGAAUGAUGGGAAGGAUUUUGCAAAGGAUCUGUUGAAGGCACUGUAUAACUCAAUAAAAAAUGAAAAGCUGGAAUGGGCUAUUGAUGAAGAUGAGCUCAGAAAGUCUUUGUCGGAACUGGUGGAUGACAAAUUUGGUGCCAGCACAAAGAAAUUGGCGAGGAUAGUUGAUGGCAGCAAUCCAUUCCUGGAUGUCCCCCAGGCCCAGAAUGCUGUAACCUAUAAGCAUGGCAUCCUCACUCGGAAAACCCACGCUGACAUGGAUGGGAAGAGAACUCCCAGAGGAAGAAGAGGAUGGAAGAAGUUUUAUGCUGUUCUGAAAGGAACCAUCUUGUAUUUGCAAAAGGAUGAAUACAAACCUGACAAAGAUCUUUCUGAAGUAGAUCUAAAGAAUGCCAUCCGCAUUCACCAUGCCUUAGCCACAAAAGCCUCCGAUUAUAGCAAAAAAUCCAAUGUGCUGAAGCUGAAGACUGCAGACUGGAGAGUGUUCCUCUUCCAAGCGCCAAGCAAAGGAGAAAUGCUGUCCUGGAUUCUGAGAAUAAACUUGGUGGCGGCCAUUUUUUCUGCCCCUGCAUUUCCAGCUGCUAUUUGCUCCAUGAAAAAAUUCUGCCGUCCUCUCUUGCCAUCUUCAACAACCAAGCUCUGUCAGGAUGAGCAGCUACAGUCACAUGAGAAUAAAAUGAGGCAAGUUGCAGAUGAGUUAACGGAGCAUAAACUACACCCAAUAGUGAAAGGCCUGAAGUCGAAAGAGGCUGAAGAAUAUCGCCUGAAAGAGCAUUACUUAAUAUUUGAGAAAAGCCGCUAUGAGACUUACAUCAAUCUUCUGUGUGCGAAGAUAAAGGCCGGGACAGAUGAUCUGGAAAAAAUAGAAGCCAACCUCUUCACAAUGGAAGCUGAAGACAUUUCCUUGAGGAAGACUUACUCCAGCCCUUCCAUAAGCCAAGGGCAGUUGACGGUGGUAAACAGCAAAGCAGAGAAAGACAUGGUAGACCAGAACACUUCAGGUAACCAAUAGGUUAAG